AUGGACUCCAUACCUGCGGGCCGAGACUCCAGCACCUCGCCAAGCUCCAAACAAGAACUUUCCUACCCGACCACCAACUUAAAGCCCAACCAGGUCGGGGAGACGGUGCUGUACGGAAUACCCAUCGUGUCUUUGGUGAUAGAUGGCCAAGAGAGACUUUGCCUUGCACAAAUAUCUAACACCUUGUUGAAGAAUUACAGCUAUAACGAGAUCCACAACCGGCGUGUGGCGCUGGGGAUCACCUGCGUCCAGUGCACUCCUGUCCAGCUGGAGAUCCUGCGCCGAGCCGGUGCCAUGCCCAUUUCCUCCAGGCGCUGCGGGAUGAUCACUAAACGCGAGGCCGAGAGACUUUGUAAGUCGUUUCUGGGAGCUCAUUCGCCUCCUAAACUUCCAGAGAAUUUUGCUUUUGACGUGUCCCACGAGUGCGCCUGGGGGAGUCGAGGCAGCUUCAUCCCGGCCAGAUACAACAGCUCCAGGGCCAAGUGCAUCAAGUGCUCCUACUGCAACAUGUAUUUUUCUCCCAAUAAAUUCAUAUUUCACUCGCAUCGCACGCCGGAGUCCAAAUACACGCAGCCAGAUGCAGCUAAUUUUAAUUCUUGGAGGCGACAUCUGAAAUUAACAGAUAAAGGCAGUCAGACAGACGUGCUACACGCGUGGGAAGAUGUGAAGGCCAUGUUCAACGGAGGCAGUCGCAAGAGGACGCUGCCCGGCAGCGGGUCAGGCUCCAGCUCUCCGUUAAAACCACAAGGGCCCAACCGAUCCCGAGAGUCGCCCGAGAUACCCGCAAAAAUCCUCAGCUGCGAGGACAACCGGAGCGGGAUGGCGAGCACCCGCAGCUACCCGGUGAUCCCGGUGCCCAGUAAAGGCUUUGGGAUGCUGCAAAAGAUCCCACCGCCGCUCUUCCCUCAUCCGUACGGGUUCCCAGCUUUCGGCCUGUGCCAGAAGAAAGAAGACGGCAUGAUGGGCGAGCAGAGCAAAGCCGCCCUGCCGGGUGUCCUGUGGCCUGCUACCAAGGACAGCGCCUAUCACUCCUUCCCCAUGUUCUGGCCCGCGGCUGGCGCGCUGCCGAUGCCUCCGUACCCGCAGACUCCACACAAACCCCCUCCAGAGCUGCUGUGCCCCCCCAGACAGACUGACAUGGACAUUUCCGAGCACAGUGACCGCAGCACCAACACCUCUAAAGACAGCGUGGUUGACAACGACCGCUGCUCCAGCACCCAGUCCAUGCGUAACGACGACGACAAAUCUGGAGACGAGGGGAGGCCGCUGGAGGGGAUGACCCUUCCGCCCCGGAAGAUCAGCUACGUCUCCGCGUUCAGACCCGUCAUUAAAGACGCAGACUGCAUCGCCAAACUGUACGGCAACAGGAGCGCGUAUAACGGGUGUCGCACUGGUUAUUUAUCGCCCGAUUUUUUAAGCGAGAGCUCGAGCUACCGGUCCAUGUCCCCGUGCGUGGACAGCGAGGGCGAGCCGGACGUGGACGUGGAGACGAACAAAACGCCGGAGGAGGAGGAGGAGGACUCCCGGCCUCUGUCCUCGGUGUGUCCUCGGACUCCUCCCGGUUUGGCGCACAGUGUUUCUCCAAACGACUCGGACUCCAAAGGCAUGCAGGAGAGCGGAGCGGUGGAUUCCCAGAAAAUGAGCCUCCACGUGGCCCAGUCGUCUGACAGAGAACUGCAGAACAAGCAGUUAUCAGAGACCCACAUAGCUGCGUCUUUUACUGAAGUUUACACAGCGGAGAGGAGUGAGCUGCAACAAAGGAGCAGUCCGUAUCAGUUCAGACCUGCCAAUUACCUGACUGGAGCUCUAACAACAAAUGAUGAGAGUGCAAGUAAAGAAGAGCCGUCUUCCACAGUGGAGGAGAUCGAAACGAAAUCUUAUAAUGAACAAAGCAGCGAGGAGAACCAGCGAGAGCAGGAUGAUGGCGAGGACGCACCAGCCAGAGUUCAGCCAACACAAAGAGACAUACAAAGUCUGGCAAAAGAGGAACUGCAGAAGCAGCUGUUAGAGCAAGUUGAGCUGAGGAAAAAGCUGGAACGUGAAUUUCAAAACUUGAAAGAUAAUUUUCAGGAUCAGAUGAAGAGGGAACUGUCCUACAGGGAGGAGAUGGUUCAGCAGCUUCACAUCGUCAGAGAAGCUCACGACGCUUUACACCAUUUCUCCUGUAAGAUGUUAACUCCUCGCCACUGCAGCGGCUCCUGCUCCUUCAAAUCUCCUCUGCUGCCUCCAUGA